AUGGUAACUGUUGAAGAAACAGUAGAAGUAUUGAAUAAAGAAAUAAUUGAACCUAUCAAGCAGAAAAUUUCGAGAAGAGAAAAUGUUCAAGUUUCUGCAGAAGUCAUUAUGAAAGGUGUUUGGCUAAUGAGAAGCACGUAUGAUGACUACACGACAGGGCACAGUUAUUAUAAUUUUUAUUCAGAAACUGUUACUUCUUUUCUUAGAAGUAAUAUAUUACCUAAUUUACUUAGGCCUACUGAUGAUAUUUUUGGUUUAUUUUUGAAUCAGUGAGAAGCUUAUAAGAAUUUUGUCUACUGAAUGAAGCUAGCUUUUCAUUAUCUGGAGAGAGGCUAUAUAGAGUUGCAUAAAAAGGACUCAUUAUCAAAACUUGCUUUUACAUUGUUCAAAGAAGAAGCUUUUCAGCCAGUCGCAUCAAAAUUAGGGAAUCGGCUAAUCAAUAUACCUUUCAAAGACACUAAUAGUAUUUAAUUAAAAUGAGUAGAAUAUUUUCUAUAAAAAUAAAAUCACUUAUGCUAGUAUUAAUAAUAAAUCCCCUUUAAAUCAGUAUAUGAUUGAAGACUAUAGAAAAAACCCAACAAUUCGCGAUAAGGAGCUAUCUUCCGCCAUCCACAGUUUUAUUGAAAUUGAGUACAAUAACCCUCAGAUUAAGAAAAAUCAAUUAGGCGAAAUCAAAUGGGAAGGGGUAGCUGAAUUAAGAAGUUUUUAUAAAACAUUUAUAGAAGAUCCAUUACUCGAAAGAUCGACUGAGUAUUUUUAUGUGGCUGCAAAAAAUUUAAAUCUACUUAUAGGAACUGAAGGUUAUUUUACAUCUGCCAUAAAAUUAUUUGAAUCUGAAGAGCAGUUAGUAGCAAACUUGCUUCAUGAAGCUACAUUACAGCCACUUAAUAAAAACCUAAAGCUUCAAAUUAUCACAUCUUUCAAAGACGAAUAUCACCUAUACAAAGUUAAUUUCAAUAAUUUUUUCCAAGACUCCAAUAUUCCAUCACUGAAAAACCUUUAUUCAAACUUUGAAGGUGAUGAGAAUAUGAAAAGCUUAUUUUUAUUGCAAUUGGAGGUUUAUCUAGAGCUGGAAAGUUUAUACAUUAUUGAUCAAGGAAAAAGUCUUGAGCCAAAAGACUGCAUAAAAGCUUUUCUUAGUUUUAUUGGACAUGCUGACAAAAUUGUUAAAAAGUGCUUCGGCAAUAAUUCUGAUUUCAAAGCACUAAAAGAAUCAACAGUUAAAAAAGUGAUUAAUAGCCGAGCUGAUUUAGCGCUUUAUACUGCUUUAUUUUCUGACGAACUACUAAAAGGAGAAAUCUCAGGACUCUCAGAAGAAGAUUUAGACUUAGAGCUUGAAAAAUUAACUGACCUUGUUAGCAACAUUUCUGAAAGAGAUUUAUUCUUUGCAAAUUACGCCAAACUUUUAGCAUCAAGAUUAAUCAAUGAUACUGGAGCAUCCUUAGAUGCAGAGCUUUCAAUUAUUUCGAAAUUCAAAGCAAAAUGUGGAACAGCUCUAACUGAUAAAUUAAAUGUUAUGAUCCAUGAUAUUGAUAUAUCAAAAGAUUUGCUUAAAAAGUAUAACGAGUCCAAAACGACGGUUUCAAAUUUCGAGUUUAAUGUUAAAAUUUUGAAAUCAGGAGGGUGGCCUGAACAGGAAGAAAUCAAGCCAAAAGUGCCUAGAGAUAUAUUUACACAUAUUGAAGAUUUUACAAAAUUUUAUAUAAAUAUACAUACUGGAAGGAAAUUAAAUUGGCUAUAUCAUCUUGGGAGUGUGGAAGUUAAAACUCUUUAUCUAAAUCAGCAGUAUACAUUGAUUAUGAGCCCUAUUCAGUAUAUCAUCCUCUGGAAUAUUAAUAGUGAAGAAACUAAACUUAGUGAAAUCAAAUUAUUUACAGAGCUGCCAGUGCCGUAUAUAAAAAUGCAUUUACUAAGUUUUUUUAAUCCAAAACAUAAUUUACUAUUAAAAGAAAGCCAAGGUAAAAAAAUAGGCGAGAAUGAAAAAAUUAGGUUUAAUUUACAGUUUGAGAGCAAGCAAAAAAGACUGAAUUUUAUUAUUGAGCCUAAGAAAAAAGCUCCUAAACCUUCGGCAGUAGUUGAUGAUAAUCUUAUGAAAGAAAGAAAGUAUAUACUUGAAGCUCAUAUCGUGAAAUUUGUGAAAUCAAAAAGACUAGUCAAUCAUCAUGAUUUAUUAGCAAAUAUAAUGGGACAAACUCUCGAUUUCACGCCCCAGCCAGAAGCCAUUAAAGAUAGCAUUGAAGAUUUGAUAUUCAGAGGACUUAUAAGAAGAGAUGAGGCUCAAUUCAGUAUUUAUCAUUACGUUGAAGAGUAA